AGUCGUGCCAACGUCGUGUUGACAAGUCGGGAACACAACAAGCUUGCUUCCAAAUCAUUCAUACUUUCAUCUUUUUAUAUCUAAAGAUCCUCCUCAGAUCUUGAACCACAUUCUAAACAAAGCAAAUCAAACACAGAAACACAAAGAUACGCUGCUCAAAAGACUUAGGAUAAUCAACUUUUGUUGUGAUAGGUUAAUACUUAUGUCUAUGGGAAAGAAACAUGAUCUUAGCAUCAACUCUCUGAGUUAUCAUUCCACGGAAGACGAAGAAGACAAAAGCUGCAAGAACAGUCUCUUCUUUGGAUUGUUCGAUGACUCUGAAUCCACGAGGCUAAGAAGUGGAAGCAUGAAGAGACAAUACAGCGACAUGGGAGAUAUCUACCACAGAGUUUACGAAGAACGUCAUGAUGAUGAUGUUGACUAUGGUGAGGAAGAUGAAGGAUCGAAGAUGGACAUGAGAGUCUUGAUGUUGUUAGAGUAUAUGAGAGAGCUUUACGUGGGACAGCUUCAUCUUCUGAAGAAGAUGUUUCCAGGUGGAGCUAAAGAUGAGUUUCUUGGUUUCUUUAACAAACUCGGAGAAGCUAUGUCACAGUUCAAGAAAGAUUCUCGUCCUCUUACAAAGUCAAAUACUAUGCAGAGGAGUCUAAGUGUCAAUUUGGGAGAGUUAAGAGAUAAAAGGUUUAAAGUUACCACGGUUGAAGCCGGAGGUGCUCCAGCCGGUGGAGCUGGUGGUGCUGGUGGAGGAACUAGUGGUGCUGCUGGAGGAGGUAAAGUUGGCUCGGCAGCUGGUCAAGGCCAGACCAAGAAAUAGUCAGGGUUUGUGACAUGUGUGCAUGGAUGAUCAAAUCUAAUGACGUUUCAGGUGUUUUAUAUUACACAAGACGUUACUCUAUGCUAAAAGGAAUGAUAUUUUUUUUCUUUGUUGUUUGAUGAUUCUCAUAUUCUUUUAUGUUAUUUCUGUUAAUAAGAAAAGCUUUGGCUUUUUGUUUGUGUGCAAUUACUUAGUAAAAUGAAAAUUUUAAUUCAAGUCAA